GAGAACUCGAUGUGGAUGCGGAAGUGCUGUGUCCGGCUGCGGCCAAAAUAACAAACAAAAACAAAAUCAAGCCUGGAACAUGCUGGAAGAAGGUGAAAAUGGGAUUUUAUACAUCUGAUGAUGUCCACUGAUCGUCCACUGUCAGGACAUGUGUAAGAACAGAACUGCGUCCCUGCCACUGUGACCUUUGACCCUUCAUUCCCUCAUACACAGUGUCCCCUCAGAAGCUGAGCAGCACCCCGGCUGUUAUAAGUCGUCUGUAACGGUGGGGUAUUUAACAGUCGUACCGUGAACGCCAUGUCAUCCACCUGCCAGUCACGCUCAGCCCCGCCCCCUGGACUGAGUGACAUCACAGGGACAGGCAAGGAGGACGGUUCUCUCCGUUCUUCGGAGCGCCAUGCCCACCUGCUGCUGGCUCAGAUGAAUAAGAUGCGUGUGCAGUCGGAGCUGUGUGACGUGCGUCUGCUGGUAGGCGGACGGGCGUUUCAGGUCCACCGGUUGGUCCUGGCGGCCAGCGGGCCGUAUUUCUCCGCCCUCUUUAACUCGGCCAUGAGCGAGUCACGCGAGGAGGAAGUGCACAUCGCCGGGGUGGAGGCAGACGUGUUUGAGUCUCUGCUGGAGUUCAUAUACACAGGCUGUGUGGAGGUGACGGUGGAGAACGUUCAGGAUCUCAUGAUGGCGGCCGACAUGCUGCAGCUCGGCGAGCUCGUGCUCAUCUGUGGAGAGUUCCUGAGGAGCCAUGUGGAGCCGAGUAACUGUGUAGGAAUUUAUCAGUUCCUGGAACAGAUCAGCUACAGCGAGCUCCUGGAGUUCACGCAGAACUACAUCCAUGCCCACUUCCUACAGGUGUGUGAGGAGGAGGAGUUCUCCAGCCUGUCGAAGGAUCAGUUGGCGUGUUUGCUGCGCAGUGAGGAGUUGAGGAUAGAGGACGAGUAUCAGGUGUUCACGGCGGCCAUGAGCUGGCUUCUGCACGACGUCACACACAGAAAGAAACACGUGGUGGAGGUUCUGGAGCCGAUCCGCUUCCCCCUGCUGUCGCCGCAGAGACUCUACGCUUAUAUCGAGGGCGUGAGUGACUUCAGCCUGCGGGUGGCGCUGCAGACCCUGCUGAGAGAAUACACAGAGACAAACAAAACCCCCAAAGACCCCAAAACACUUGUACAACCGUCAAAGACCCGACCCCGGAGGAAAGCGCGCAAAUACCUCUAUGCCAUCGGAGGUUACACUCGUCUGCAGGGAGGGAGAUGGAGUGACAGUCGGGCGUUGAGCUGUGUGGAGCGAUUUGAUUCGUUCAGUCAGUUCUGGACGACAGUCUCCUCCCUCCAUCAGGCCCGCAGCGGGCUGGGCGUCGCCGUCCUCGACGGCAUGAUCUACGUCGUCGGAGGUGAGAAGGACUCGAUGAUCUUCGACUGUACGGAGCGCUACGACCCCGUCACCAAACAGUGGGCUGCUGUCGCUUCCCUCAACUUCCCACGCUGUGGAGUCGGGGUGUGUCCGUGCCACGGAGCUCUCUAUGCACUCGGCGGCUGGGUCGGUUCUGAAAUCGGGAAGACGAUGGAGCGUUAUGAUCCGGAGGAGAAUAAGUGGGAGGUGAUCGAGAGCAUGCCCGUACCACGCUACUACUUCGGCUGCUGUGAGCUACAAGGUUUCAUCUACGUGAUUGGUGGGAUCAGCGAUGAGGGGGUGGAGCUUCGUUCAGCCGAGGUCUACGACCCCAUUUCCCGCCGCUGGCGAGCGCUGCCCGUCAUGAUGACGCGGAGGGCGUAUGUGGGCGUGGCUUCGCUCAACAACGCCAUCUACGCGGUGGGGGGGUGGAACGAGGCUCUCGGCUCGCUGGACACCGUGGAGAAAUACUGUCCUGAGGAGGAGCGGUGGGUGGAGGUGGCGUCCAUGUCGAUGGCACGUGCCGGUGUUAGCGUAGCCGCCGUUAACGGGCUGCUGUACGCCAUCGGAGGCCGGAACUCGGGGCGGGAUUUCUCCGCUCCGGUCACUGUGGACUCGGUGGAGAUUUACGACCCGCACCUGGACACGUGGACUGAGAUAGGAAACAUGAUCACCAGCCGCUGCGAUGGGGGCGUGGCUGUGCUCUGAUAUGCUCCUCCCCUUUACAUGGUUACGAGUUGAAUGCUUCAGGAGCGUCACGGUUACGAAGGUGCUAUGAGCCGGUGAAUUUAGUUACAACCUUGCGCUAAUGUUACAGACAAAACGAUAAGCAUUGUCGCGUGACAGGGGUGUGGCCAUGCUCUCACUGACUCCACCCCUUUGCCCUUUGUCAUGCUCACAUCAUCCGUUAUAAUAUUUUGACUGAAAUUUGAUGAGUUAUAGAUAUUAAACUAGGAAAAAGAGAUUUCUAAAUAUUUGAAACACAGAUAUUUCGAGUAUUUUGUAACGAAAGAUGUUACCGUGGUGAUGUGUAUUAUUGAAUGUAAAUGAAAUUUGUUACUUUACCUGUCGCACAUUUCUUACGUGUGAUUAAAUUAGCAUUUUAAAACCAGCUUUACAAUAACGCUGCUUCUUUUACUGUAAGUGUCAUGGCGAGACAUUUCAUUUUAGUGU